GUCACGACCCACAUUUUGCACACAGGUCACGACCCACAGCAGCGGGGAGGAGAGAAGCAAAGUUAGUAGAGUUGUUGUGUUGGGGUGUAGGGCUAAAGGGGAGCUAGAGACAACCCUUGAGCAAAAAGCUCAGGUCUUUCAACAAUUGAUAGCCACCACUACUUCGGAGAUCUCUUUACGAGAUCAGCUGAGAUUAAGGAAGAAUGAACUAGUGGAUGUGCAAGUUGAGAACAUGGACUUGACGACCCAACUGGUGCAAUCUCACAAAAGCAUUGCCGAUCUAGAGGACUCCCUUGGUGUAUAA